AUGAAGAACUUCUUUGCAACCUUUAUGGUACUAAGCAUAAUUGCUCACGCCACCUCAGCAAAGAAGCUACUUGUGGUCAACGGUCUGAAUGGUGGUCUGCUUACUGGUGUAAAUGGAGUGAACCCUCUGCUGCUGGGUGGUCUGAACCCACCUGUGCUAGCUGGAGGUGCUGCGGUUAUAGGACAGCCUCCUAUUCCACAGUUUCUCCCCGCGGCUGCUCUUCCUCCAUAUGUGCUUCAGCCUCCAGUGGCUCCGGUUCCUUUCGGCCUCCCGAACGCUGGAGCUCUGCCCUACCCCUUCCCUCCCGCAAAUGGGGGCUUGCCGUAUUUCGUGGCUGGACUUCCGAAUCAACCUGCUGUAAUUCCUCAGCAACAAGUUGCGGCUGGACAAGGUACUGCUGGAAAUAAUCAAGCUGUUGGGGUGCCACAAGGCCCACUGGGGAGAUUUAAGCGAUCGUUCCUCAGAAGGACCACAGCAAGAUCACCUGUCUCAGUCACCCAGAUGCCUGCUCAGCUCAGCCCUACUGUGUCUGGAAAUACAGUUGGCUAAAUCAUCAGAUAUUUUUGAGUAACUGAG